CUCUGCAGUGCGCGCGGCGGCAUGGCGUCUGUGGUGCUGAGUGACGCGGAGAAGCUGUACAUCAUACACGGCGUCCAGGAGGACCUCCGUGUGGAUGGCCGUGGCUGUGAAGAUUACAGAUGUGCAGAAGUAGAAACAGAUGUGGUAUCCAACACAAGUGGAUCUGCGAGAGUGAAGCUGGGGCACACUGAUAUCUUGGUUGGUGUAAAAGCUGAAAUGGGGACACCGAAGUUGGAGAAACCAGAUGAAGGUUAUCUGGAAUUCUUUGUUGACUGUUCUGCAAAUGCUACUCCUGAGUUUGAAGGCCGGGGAGGAGAAGAGCUUGGCACAGAGAUAGCAAGUACGCUCUACAGAAUAUUUAGCAGUGAGGGGAGUGUAGACUUGAAAUCUCUUUGCAUUAACCCCGGGGAACACUGCUGGGUUCUCUACGUUGAUGUAUUGUUACUGGAAUGUGGUGGGAACCUCUUUGAUGCAAUCUCUAUCACGGUGAAGGCAGCUCUCUUUAACACAAGAAUACCCAAAGUGCGUGUUCUGGAGGAUGAAGAAGGCUCUAAAGAGAUUGAGCUCUCUGAUGACCCUUAUGAUUGUAUUCGACUUAAUGUGGAAGAUGUGCCCUGCAUUGUCACACUAAACAAAAUCGGAUAUAGGCAUGUGGUGGAUGCUACCCUUCAGGAAGAAGCCUGUUCUUUGGCCAGCCUGCUGAUUGCUAUAACCAGUAAAGGUGCCCUCACUUGUAUGAAGAAAAUAGGGAAAGGUAGCCUUGAUCCUGAGAGCAUUUUUGAAAUGAUGGAGACCGGAAAGAAAGUAGGAAAGUCAUUGCACGCAUCGCUUCAGAAGGUUUUGGAUGAAGAAGAGAGUUUGGGGACCACACGUCAGAAAGUUGGAUUUCUAGGAUGAGUUUUUAUUAAAUGUUCAAAACUGUUUUUAACCCUUUGUGCAAUCUCGUCUGUUUUGCAUACAGAGAAAGGAUGUUUUUGUUGCAGUGCUUACCUUCCAACGAAGAGGCUUCUAAAGUGUCACUGAGCUGAAAGAAAGCGAUAGUUAAAUGUGAAUGAGCAAAUAGGGGAUGCUUUCCGUAUGGGUAACUGUCUGCACCUAGGAUGCACACCAACAACAAUUGAUGCAAUACCACGGGAAGUGCUCAAAUCUGUUUUCAAGGGUGACUGAUGUUGGUUCCACUUAAUUCUGUUCGCAUGUGUUCCACUUCUGCAGACCAGCUGUUGAGUUUGAGAGCAUCUGUGGGGGUGUCCUUGGUACAGCACAAGCCAGGUUCUGGGCCUCUUAGAACUUCUUUGUUCAUCAGCCAGAUAAUUCUUAUUAAUGGGAGAAAGAGAAAAGUACUUAAUGCAAGUCUUCCUUCAAAUUAUCUUACAUUUCUUUGAAAAAAAAGAAGUUAGAUUUUACUAUAAAUGCAAUGUGCUCACGAGUUUCUAAAUCAUAUAUUAAAAUAAGAUAUUUUGUUAAA